CGCUUGUUUUAGCUAAGGAAAGGAGAAAAAUGGCAUAAAAUUCGCGUCUUUUUGGCUCACUGAGUAUUUUAACCAUUGGAAAUCUUUAUUUUGAAAUUAUUCUGGCUAAAGGACCAUAGUUAUCAUUGUUUUUGGUGGAUUUGUCCCUGGAAAGAGGCAAUAAUUUUGCGUGGCAACAGUUGUGUGUGUUGCUAGUGACGUUGAUGGCCCAUAUUGGUUUGCCUUAAUUUCCCGUAAUUCUUGGGAAAUCUGUUAGCAAGGGAGCAGUGGAAAAAACUGCAAGGAGGCAUACUGUAUAUUAUUUGUCUUCGGAAAUAAUAGCUGAUUUUAUUAGCUUGGAACGAACUCAACGAGUGAAGUACAUUGCUUACUCAUAGAUCAUCCGAUCACCAAGUUCAUCAUAUUAAACAAGGUGGAGAUUUCUCUUGUUGGCUCCUUUGCAUUUACGUGUUGAUGCGUCGUCUUUUCUACUUAGAAAACAGAACUCGUGGAUGUUACAUUUUCCAUGAAAACGCAUUUUCCGUCUUGACUUGGUGAUUUGUAUUCACUUAUACGUCUUCAAAGAUGGCAGUUUACUUUGACCAUAGAAUUCAAUCUCCUGCUGUAGCUAUUCAGACUGACAUAGCUUGGCACAGUAGCUAUCCUCUUUUAGCUGUGGCCUCAAAAAAUGAGCCAGAUGUGGGAGGUUCUGUGGACUUUUAUCUUGAUGAGGUAAUGUCAUAAAUACAAGUUCCUUCUCAUUACAAGGCUGGUUUUUACUGACAACAGAGCCAGAGUAUAAAAACAACACCAAUCACAAAGUGUGGGAAUGAGCAUUGUGAUCAGCUUGCAUUCUGGUUUUCAUAAGAUCAUAAGUGACAAAGUCAUAAGUGGUGUUAGAGGAAGAUGGAAAUGUUUCUUUUGACUCUGAUUUUGUUAUGCUUAUGACUCCAAUAUUAUUACAACUUCUAUUUUUGAUUUUCACUAGAUCAUAAGUUCUCCCUUGACUCUGUUUAAGACCGCAACUCAACUCUUUUAGUGAAAACCAGUCUUUAUCAGAUACAAAUUGUACAACAGAUGCACAAUGCAAGUAGUGGUAGUUGUUUGAUACAAAUUUAAGACCAGUUUUGCUCUAUAGAGAUCAUCAGUGGUUUUCGUGAUUUUGAAGGGUGAAUCCAAUAGAACUCUGUCUUGUUAAUCCUUUUGGUCUGAUUCAAAACAUUUUGUGUUGCACUGGUCAAUUCAAGCCCUCAAUGAUUGUGUAUUUUGCUGAUCCCUCGCAUUUCAUGACUGAGUAAUUUAAAUGUAGGUAAACAAUGAAAGAUCAAGGAGUCACAGUCACAGGCCAAGAUUUCAUAUACAACUGUACAUCAUCAUAAGCUAUGAAAAUCUAAUAGAAAUGUUCUGACCAAGCAUAAAGCACAUAUUUCUUUGAAGUUUUGUAAUAGAGACCGUCAGAUUCUAAGACGAGAAUGACUACGUGUGAAGAUUUUCUCAAUACUAAGUAGUGCUCGCACAUUUUGCCAGCGUCAUUUUGGCAGGAGAACUUGAUAGCUGUCAUUGUUCUACUAUGAGUUUUAGGGAGGAUGUUGUAGUGCUGGAAACAAUUUAUCAAAUGUGAGAAGUUUUAUCACUUUUCAGUGGGGAGAGGGCUUAACCUCCUCCAAUUAAGGUAACAGUGCUAGCUUUUCAGGAAAAAAAAAGUGCAGUGAAGUAGUCUGGGUGUUUAUUUUUUGAGAAUACACAAAAAAUAACUAUUAGUUAAAUCUUGUACUUGUAGUUGUUCUGGUGCUCAAAUCUAAAGGUCUCUUAUGUCUUCUUACUAACACUGUUAACAGGGUGAAUUAGUCGAAGAGUCUUCAAUCCAGCGUUCUAGCUUGGUAACAGCUAUUGCAUGGCAUCCUGUCAGGAAAAUCCUUGCCAUUGGUUGGCAGAGUGGUGAUGUGCUGAUCUGGAAUGAGCAUGAUCGUGAGUUACAUGAGGCUUCAUCCAUUCAUCAGUCUCCAGUCAAGGUUGUUCAGUGGAGUAGCAAUGGAAAUAGACUUGUAACCUGUGAUCAGGUGCGUUCACUCUGCACACUUACAGGGCUGUCACUCAUCAGGGAUUUUUUUAGUGCUAUAAUGUACAUCAUUGUUUGGCUGAAUCUGCACGUGUUCAACAUAAAGGAAAUCCUGUGUUCUGACUGGCUCCUUGAGUGGCAAGAUGGAUGGAUUUCCUGCAUUGAUCCUUUAAGACCAAUUUUUUUGUCAGUCAAAAUAGCUGGACAUUGGCCUUUUCUUUUAUGCAAUCUUAUUGGCCUUGACUUGGUUCAUAACAAAGUUAAAAAGAACUAGACCAAUAUCCAGCCAUUACGAUAAAAAAAGCUGGGACAAUAAUGCAUAUGUGGAUUGGUGUUGUAUCAAACACUGCUUUAUUGGUGAAUGUUUAAAGAGAAAAACCGUCUGGGAUGCGUGACACUUGUAUUUCAAUAGCUCUGAUCAGGUGAUACUUGGUAAAGAAAUAUAAAAAAGUGUCAGAUGUUUUCAAAAAACACAAACGUCUGCGAAGUAUAUAUUGCAGUUAAUUUUUUAUCUCAGGUAAUUUUUGUUUUUCUUUUGUUUCAACUUCAUCAGCAUAUAUUACCAUACCCAAAAACAAAAGAAAAACAAAAAUUACCUGCAAUAAAAAAUUAACUACAACAUAUACGCAACAACACUCCUGGGUUUCCUGUGGCCCAACAUUUCAACUCGACUGGCCACAGUAUUUCUGAUGUCCAGGUGCGUGGUGUGGCAUUAUGCCGUGGUAAUAACAUUCAACGAAAGCAACGUGAGAUGUGGUUGAUUUUUCAACUAGGCACUGUUCAGCUGAAAGGACUGAAUAUCAAUUUCAGUUUCAUUUGAAUUGGGACGUUAUAAUUAUACAUCAUGUGCACGCUAUUACGCGCGCGCGUGCCUCUAUCAUUUUUAUGACGUCUAUGAUAUUGCGUAGUACUGUACAACAUUUUUUUUCACACUGAAGAAGGGUCAUAAACACGAAACGUUUGUGUUUUUUGAAAACAUCUGACACUUUUUGAUGUUUCUUUACCGAGUAUUACCUUAUCAGCUGCUGCUUUAUGGGACUGUUUUGAGGAAUGGAUUUUGACCUUGUGUCCUGUGCAACCCUAGCAAUAACUGAUAAAAGAAACAAUUGCUUCCCCAGAACAGCACCUUAGUGUCAUUUAAUGAUGCAGCAACUCAGUCUCACAUGCAAAAUGGCCAGACCCCAGUUGUAAAGGUGGAUAGGAUUAUCCAUUCAGUGUGCAAAGAAAGUGUGUCCGAUAGCCCGGGGCUAGUGGCUUUUGCCCUAGGGCUAGUGAUUUUUGUUCUUAACUUGCCCAACGGGCAAGUGCUGUUUUUGGAGGAAAUUCAAAUUACAGAAGGAUUGUAAUCAAUCCUGCUAAUCAAAAAGAGUUUGGGGCUAGUUGAAAUGACUUGUGGGCUAGUACAUGCUAGCUACAGCUUGCCCCAAUGGCAGGCUGUAAAACUGACUUUCUUUGCUCCCUGCCACUUGAUAAAUAUCUUUCCAGUGUUAAUGCAAUAAUAUUGGUUUUCCUCUAUCAGGUGGAUAAUGCUAUCCAGGGUUUGAACAACUUGGGCCAGAUGGUCACAUUUUAAGUGCUUUUUGUUAGUGUUAUUGCUAGUGUGCUGCUACUGCUCAUUUCUAUGCUGUAGUCUCAAAUGUUAGGAUCCAUAACCGGGGGACCAUUUCCUGCUGCAACCUUAGUUGAAAAGCCAUCAAAAUAUUGCGUAUACUUGGCAGAUAUAAGUCACUAAAUUUAUAUCAUCUUAGUAGUUUAAUAGUACAUGUAAUUGCCCACUUAGAGGAAAACCACUCACCCAGUCUUCAAAAUCUAGCAAAGCUAUUUUGUCCUUAUGAAGCUUACCAGCAGUGUAAAAUUAAUAAUAUUUCAUUAGACUGGGAUGCUUGCCAUCUGGAAAGCAGAUCAGAAGGGCCGCCUUCAGCAGUCUCCACUGUACCAGCACGAUGCCUCAUCACAAAUAACAGCUUGUGUUUUCAAACCACCACCAACCCCUGAAUAGUGAGUACACGACUGUGUUUCUACCAAUGUCCAAAUGGCACGGAAUGUUUUAGAGGGUUCAAAGCCAAGUUUUUUAGAUCAACUUUGAGGUAUCUUGGCAUGAGAUGGGACACACUGUUUCAAUAUUGUUUGAUAUAAUUUGGUAGCUUCUUAAAUGAUUAAUUCUUGUAGGAAUUACAUGCAAGAUAAAGUCUUGAUGCAAUUAUUGGUAUCUUCUAUUAACAAGUCCUUUCAAAUAUCUUUGUUAUAAUCUUCAUUAAUAACAGUUUGUGAAAUGCAUUUUAUAUUUCUAAAUCUUUAAGCAUUAUUAUCUUCAUUUAAGCUUGAGUUGUCAAGUUAAAUUAAGUUGUAUCCAUAUUGCAGUGAUGUAUCAAGCUUGGCAAAGGCUGCUGUUGCUGGAGAUGAAGCUGCAAUGGAUAUGCUUUGGCGAAAAAGUGCCAAAUCAAGUGUUUCAUCAUCUGAUUAUUCAUUCUUUUUUGGGGUGGAAGAUGGUAAGUGUGUCUGUUGUAUAGUGGCCCAUACCAGUCAUUUAUUAUAUUGAUCAAUCAAAAUCUUUAAGCAACCCAGUAAUGGAUUAUGGAAUGUUUAAUCGAUUAUCCACGGUUUUCAGUAAGAAUUCUAGUAAUAGGAGAAAGGUGUAACAUUGUAGGAGAAUAUUUUUUGAAAGUCUCCUCGUCAUAGGCUACCAAAUGUUAGGUGGAGAAUUCUGCGUAGUAAACGACCCUCUGAGUUCUAGGUUGGACACUAACCACUGAGUUACUGAAACUCUUGCGAGCAGGCUUGGGUCAAAUCCACUAAUGUCCCUUUCUUGAUACAGUUUGUAUGUUUUGGAUGUGUUCUAAAACAUGGUACAUCGGCCGUCCUAAGUCAAAUGCUUACAAAGAGAUUUUUCUGAUUAUAAUGAUCUCUGAUGAUCAACAAGGUGGAUCAUUUUGAUACUUUCCAUACAAGUUCAAUAGUUGCUAUAGUUGUCGCUAUUAACAUUGUCCAGUUCCAAUAUCCAUCACUUACUUUUUUACAUAAAAAAAUCUUCACAAAUUAACUUUUGAAGGGUUUUCUUUCAAUGAUUUUUGUUCUUUCUUCAUUGUAGGCACUGUGUACUAUGUUGAUGACAAAGGUCGGGCUGCAGAAUGCUUUAAAGCUGAUGGUGCUGUUAAGUUCUUAUUGUACAGUGAAGGAAAAGACGUGCUUGUUGUUGUUACAGAGGGACUGAUUCUUUCACAACACAGAGUGAUUCAUGACGGUUCAACAACAGAAGUUGCUAAGGUGGACAGAAAUUACUUUUCAUUUAUGAUGUUGAUAAACAGUCAGACAUUGUUGUGUAGAAUAUUCAAUUUAUUCCCCAUGCUCCUCAAAUAACAAGUACAUGUAAAUAAUGGAUUUUGCCAGCCAGGGUACUUUGUAGGUCAAAAUAAUUAAUGGUAUUAGUGAUCUCAUACCAAGUAUUAUUCCAGAAAAUAUCCAACUCCCCCACCUCCCUAGGAGGCCUUUUCAGUUUAAGCCCCUCCUUCCCUUUGGAAGUUCCAGUUGAGCUUCACGCUUUCCUUAAAAAUUUGCCUUUAAGUGCCCCCCCACCACCACCCACCCACCUCAAACAACCUCAACGGGGUGAAUAUGGAUAUUUCUGGAACCACACACAGUGAUUUUUUUACCUCUGCAUCUUAUGUCCCUGGAACAUAAAGAUCCCCAAAGACAAAAAAUAAUUCAUGGCAUGUCAUGAUGUGUCCUGUCGGUUGCGAACAUCGAUCAAUUUAUUGAUCUGAAUGUGUGUUUUGGUAGAAAUAUCCUGUUCAUGUAAUUUCUGUGGCAGUUGUUGUGGCUGUUGUUUAAUGAUACAUAUUUCUUGUAGUCUUUGUUGUGCUGUAAAAUAGAAGGUCUAUAUUUUAAUUAUUUCAGUAUGAGUUUUAGAGUCUGUCUUCAGAUUAACUGUCUGGUAACAUAGGCUUAAGCAUUUUCAGUUUCAGACUCUUUUUUUUUUUUACUGGGACUCAUGACUUUUCGUGAGAUGAGUUUCAAGACUCACUAUAACUGUUUUUAACAAAAUCACUGCCACACAGUGUACCUUAUGUUAGAACCUGGCCAAAAUAGAAGAAUAGAGGACCAACUGGAUCUCUGUGAUAUAAGCGCAUGCCUUACGGUAGCUUAAAGAAUAAUAUAAGAUGAUUAUUACUGCAUUUUCAGGUGAAGCUUAGUGGCCAGCCUUCAAAAAGCCAAAUAAUUUGGGCAGGAAGACAGGUUUUGGCCACAGCAUCAGGGGAAAAUGUAGUCAGGUAUUUGGGUGAAAUAUUCAAUAUUAUUAUUAAUCAACAAGUUAUAACUUUACGGUCAAAUUAUUCAGAAAAAGCCACCUAUAGUACUAGUGUUGUUAUUUACAGCUGUACUUGGUUAUUCUAUGACAGCAUAAAACUUACACUGUAUGUCUUUAUCCUUUUGUAAAGAUUUAGGCAAAUGGAUGGUGAUUGUACUGUAGCGUGAAGUACACAUCAGUUGCAUUAAAACUUGAUGUUGUUUCUAUCAUUGUUCUCAACCAGGAUGUGGAAUCUUGAACAAAAUGACAACUAUGUUCUUUCAGUCGAUGGUAGUGGUUUUGAGUCUGGUGAAGUAGUAAACUGCAUCUCAUACGAUAAGGUUAAAGGUAAGACUUACAAACAGUUUGCAGUAAGCUCUCUCUUUUGUAACGUAGCAGGGCUGUUAAUUAACAACUGCAUCACCAGUCAUAACACAAAAUCGAAAUCAAAAUAAAUAUCGUAUUUCGAGAUUGACCUCACAAGUGAGACGUUAUUGAUUUGAGAUUUUCUCCUGAUUGAUGUGAGAAAUUGACUGAGAGUACUGAUUUUCCAGGCAAACCUAUAGUGUUACAAGCAAUACACAGCCUUACAAAUUAUCAUAUUGUAACUAUGGAUUCAAUGCUCAAUAUUUAAAUCUGUGUUACUUUUAAAGGGAUACUUGCUGGAGGAACGAACAAAGGCAAGGUGGCCUUGUGGAAACACACAGUGUCAAAACCCCAAAAGAAAAAAGUUGAAGGGCAAGAAAAAUGGGAACUCCAAUCACCAUCUGUUCUAGAAGGACAAACACAGUUGUCUCAGAUACAGGUUAGCUAAAGAUAAAUGGAGCAAACGAACAGUGAUGGUGCUAAAUUGUUAGGAAAUUGAAAUGCAAUGCUCAGCUUUAUCAGCUAGGUUGAUUGGAUUUGCUGUGACAAAGGGCUAGUGCUCAAAUUGUCAUUUUCCAUUGCAAAUUUAUCUUAUUGACUCGGUUAAUAAAACCAAAUUAGACUGCGUAGCUGGUAGUUUUGUUGCACACACACAAACAAAGUGAAUUGCAAAGCCAUGAACGAGCUGCAAAGCGUCAAAAAAAAAUUGCUUCCACCUAAAUCCCCUCACAGCUUCACUGCUCACUUACGUUAUUUUCGUGGUCACCAACGUGCUACACAGUUUUAAAGUCACACUGUUAUCAGCUUCUCAGGAAUAUAAACCCUGGUUUGGAAACAUUUUAGGUUGUUUUCAUGAAUGGAUGUAAUAUUCAUUUAGUACCUUAAGCCAAUCCCUUGUCCAUUCUCUGUUACUUUGGCUAGCCUAUUUUCUCUGUACAUACAUCCAUGGAUGGAUAUUGUGUGUCAUUUCAUUAAUUUUUGUUUAUCUGUUUCAGUGGGCUGGAAACAAAAGUCUGCUUGCUGUGAAUACUGGGGAAACUGUGAUUAUUCUGAAUGAACAAGUUAUGAAUGCUCAUUACAAUCUUGAGGUAAGUGACCUGCAGUAAUGUGAUGGAGGAGAAAUUAAUGGAGUACCAUGUUGCCUAUGUGUUAUUUUUGAGCUAAUAAAUUUUUAUUGUUUGGUCUGAAAUUGGGUGAAUUAAUUUGAUCACCUUGAAAUAAACCUAAAAGAGUGUAUCAUUGAAUGUUUUUUGCAGCACUUAUUAAAACUACAAAAACUGUUUUUUUCUUUUAACUGCUAGUUUUCUUUAAUCAAUGCUUUCUUUUAGAUUUUAUAGUUUUUUGACAUACUCCUUAAAAAAAGCCUGUUAUAUAGCAUACUUAACAUAGAAAAAAGACUCUCUCUCCUUUCAUUUUUUAGCCAAAAAUGAAGCAACUUAUGGUUGUUUGAGCAUUGUUUUCUCUUUCCUUAUUUCAGAAUGCUGCAGUUCAAGUUUCACCAAGUCAGUUGGCCAUCGAAAAUUUGGCAACUAAUUAUAAUCAAGAUCUUAAGACUGACAUCCACAUCAAGGGGGUCUUUGUGACAAAGGUCAGUCCUAAAAAUUAACAUACAGUUGGGCCUGUUUUUAAAUGUAGCUAAAUUGUAAUUGAGGCAAGGAUAACCUUGAGACAACACUAGCGGAUCAGCGGUUGAGCCCCAGGCAGGCAGGCCUGUGCAGGGUGGCCGCCGGGUCUGCAGGGGCUUACAUGUCAUUGUAUUCAUGUAUCUCAGCUUUGCCUUGCUUUGCUCAAUUGCUGAUCUUUGCGGAUCGUUGCAAAUUCACAGCUUGAGAUAUCUGCUGGUUUUUAAGUGAUGUUGUAUCUGUAACUACCUCUAAUAAUUUCAGGUUGCCUUUUAUAAAGUGAUGCCAUCUUUUUACAAGUGCCUUGGAGUUACCCUUCCUCCACCUAUAUACAAUGUUGAAAAUCAAGAAAAACCGAGGAUUGAUGGGCUGUAGAUUGUCAUUAGGAAUGGGGACAAAGGGGCUGAGCAUGUUUACUAUUAGUAAAAAAGUGCCAAAAAUACAAAAUUGCCCCCAGACGUUUGCCUAUGAUUCUCCGAAGCAGGGAAUGAAAUGAAAAAUGCCACUACAGAAAGCGUUUCACCAGCUGUUUCAAUGUUUUGUAAACUUGUGUUAUGGAAACCCUUUCAACUCAAGACUUAGUUAUCCAAUAUUAUUUCAUUUAAUAUUUUGGCAUGCUCUUUUCAAAAGGAUGGCAGGUUGAUAACAUGUUUUUGUUGGAGAAUGGCCAGGGGAAAUAAUGGAAAAUAAUAUUAUAUAUUAUGGUGGCAUGCAGUCAAGAAUUUUGCAGAGUACCGUUAAUAAGCAAGAGUUGACAAUGUGAAAAUGCGUAUGGUCAAAUUUUACUGCAGAAUAUCAAAGUAUUUUUGUGCUAUAAUCUUUUGAAACAGAGUCACACAGCAAUAUGGAAUGGUAAAAGGGUGGUGGUGUAUGAGGUAGCAGGUGAUAAGAGCAUGGUCAGAGCAGAAGGUAAGACUGAAAACCUACCAAAGAACACUAGCCUGACAGUGUAGAGCAGGAGUUUUUUAACGGAAACAGGGCUGAGUUAUAUUGAUCACAUCCGCCAUCUUGAAAAGCAAGAAAAAAAAGAGUAACAGCGGAUGGUUGGGAAAUGGGGGAGUGUUGUGUAGGAGAGAACCUCCCCUCCUCUAUUUAAAUCUCAUCAACCUCUCCCUUGUAACCAGUUUUUGACCUGCCUUGACUCUCUGGUAGUUUUAAUGUCCAAGAUGGUGGGAUAGCAUUAUUUCCAGAUAAAGUUACAGAUUGCGCUGAAAAAUAUGCCUGCUUUGCAGGCUAAAACAACACACAACAUUUUUUACUUAAACCACUUUGGUUUUCAUGCAUCAGAGAACCUGUGAUACUACCACAACUCUACAAAUUUUCAUAUCUGUUUUAACACCUGCUUUAGAUCUUGGUAGUUCUCAACACCAACUUGUUGACUUCUGGGACAUCAGAUUUUACAACGUCGAAUAAAUUAUAACGGGGGUUCUCAGCUGCUGUAAUUUUUUAAUUAUCCCAAAUUUUCACGUUCUUCUCUGCAGGAUCUUUCAAUUCAGAUUCUCCAGCUGUUGUUGUUCAUGAACAAAGUGUUUACACUGUAGAACCAGGAAAGAUUCAAGUCAGAACAUUCCAGGUAUACUUUCAUGUUUAUGUGUAAUAAUAAUGAGGUCUCUGCAUAUUCUGCUCUUUAGAGCUGUAAUCCUUUUGGCCAGUGCCACCUAUAUCUAGAGCCCAGGCUAGGAAUGAAGCCAGAAGCCCUCAGAUCAUGGAUUUGCACUUUCUGUACAUCCAUUAUAUGAGUGUUAUUUGAACAGUGUAACAUUUUCUGUAUGUGUAGGGAACAGUGAAGCAGAUCUUGAGUUUCUCAGAAGCAGAAGGUGACCCAGUCCUAUUGGAUGUGUGUGGAAACUUUCUUGCAGCUGGUACCUCACUUGGUUAUGUUAAGGUCUGGGAUUUAUCAAGAAGGUAAGGAAUACUUACAGCCCAUAAGUAACACUUAUAAAGUUGUCAUAACAAUGCAUUGAAAAUAAAUUUUGUAAUGCCAGUAUUUUACUUUAACCAGUUAUUUGCUGUAAUUUACUUGGUGAGUGUGGUCAUUUUAAUGAUACGAAACAGUAUUGCAGUUCUAUUAGGUACAUUUGAUGAGAACAAAUGACAUGCCAUCCAUUUUUCUUCUUUGUUUAGCCACCAGGAUUCUCUGACUUCUUUCAUGUAACUUUCAAAGAUCUCUCAGACAGUCUUUAAUAUGUCUGAACAGUUAAAGAUCUCUCAGGCUUAAAAAUAACUUUUCUGUUUGCAGAGAAGCCAAACAACACUGCAAUCCCAAAUCCUUGGGGGAAAGUAUUGCAGGGAUUGGAAAGCUUAAGUCUGUCAAGUGCAACUGUAAUGGUAGCAAAGUUAGCAUCUUGUGUGACAAGGUAAUACAAAACGUUGUUAUACAUUGUCAUUAAACCUUUCACUGAAAAAGCGAAUGCUUAAGUCUCGUAAGGCUAUUCUAAAUUUUGAGUGUGGACGAAAUCCAUGGUGUGACUAUUUAAAUGAAACCUUUUCAGCAGUACUUUCACGUGGUACUAUUUACUUCGUAUGUAGUUCUAACUUUUGAGUCUGUGGAUGAAAUCCUAUGGUGUGACCAUUCAAAUGAAAUCUCUUCAGCAGUGCUUUCACGUGGUGCUGUUUAUUGUUCAGCAUUUUGAAAAAUUAAAUUUGCAAAUUUCGUUCUAUUACUUUUGAUUUUUUUCACUUUUGGGAUAAAGGGGAAAAGUGAUAAGGCUAUCCAGGAAGAGGCUAUUUUGUUGCUUCACCUGUUGUGGAAACUUUGUUGGACAACCUGGCGUAGCAAGCGUUUCCGUGUGGUUUCGGAGCAAAGAAAGACCUAAGAACGGCGAGGAACGGGAAUUUCGAUUUUUGCUGCGCAAAAAAUGGAACGAGAGCCUAGCCUAAGAAAACAGCGGACAUUUCGCGACGCCGCGUGGGAAAUCUGAUUCAACCAAUCAGAAGCACUACCCAGAUCUGGGUAGUGUCGCGUCAUCAGUAUGGAAUCUCUGCGCUCGUUUCUCAGACGUCGUUUGGCGGGGAAACCAGUGGUAGCGUCGCCAAAUGUCGACUGUUUUCUCAGGCUAGUGAGAGCCAAGCUAAGGAGGCUAACUGAAGACUAACAUUUAUGCAGUACAAGCCCGGUAUUCAAGGCUUCCCAUGUACGUAGGGCUUUUUACUAAUUACUUCAUUCAUUUUAGGCGAACAACUCUCCAGAUUCCAGAAUCUACGUUUGGGAUAUCGAACUUGAUAGUUUUCAAUCAUUUGACUUUGCAACUGGCAUGGGCUCAGGAGCAGAAGAGGAGGACAAAGAAAGCGUUGAUAUCAUGAACAGAGCACAGCAGGCAGCUGAAGUCGCUGGCAGGAGACCUUUGUUGCAGUACUGGGAUCCUACAGAACCUAAGUUAUUAGUCUGCGAGGCUGUACACGUUCCAGGGUUGAAACCAGCAAAUGCAUCAGCAACUGGAGAUGACAGUAGAGAGGUCAGGCUAGAAAUGGUUUUACAUGUAUAGUAGUUUUCUCCCUUUUGAGUUCACUCCGCAAAUUUGACUGCCUUGGCUUACUUGGCGAUGGAUAGAAAGAACGAGAAACACAUAUGUGCUCGUCGGAAUUUAAGGACGGGCUUGGCUAGAAUUUGUUAGGCAAAGUAAAAACUAGGGACGAACUCUCAGGUGGUGAAUUCGCUAGGGGAUGAAACCACCCCUUUGUUUUAGUGGUUUCACACCCUAGUGUGUUUGUCCCCUACGGGUUCACCCAGAAAAUUUGACUGCCUUUCGAUCAAACCUUCUGAGUUUAUUUAGUAGGCUUAAGUGGCAUUGGAUAGCAGGAACGAGAAAAAACUUUUGUGCUCGUGUAAAUCGAAGGAGGGUUCUUGGCUGGAAACCUUUAAAACAUUUAGUAUUUUAACUGAAAUAAAUGAUCUAUCACGCCGUUGUUAAUAAUACGAGCUUCGUUUCUUUUUUUUUUGCGUAGUGCUGCUGUAAGCAUAAAUCAAAAUUUUAGAACCACAGCUGUCAUUUCGUCCAAUGUCAAAAACGUCCCCACAUGGCAUCCCAUCUCGCUCUGAUUAGAUCGUAUCCUGUCCCGGAGCAAAGUUUGUACAAACGGGCUCCACCCCGAGGUCCAAGUCCUGUACCCUUUUAUGUACCAUUUUUGACAGAAAAGGUACCCCUUUCGUAUACCUUCUAUUGACAAUUGGUACCCCUUCCACAUACCUGGUUGAGAUCUUUACAUACCUUUAAACGGCUGUAAAGGUACUGUAUUUUAAUACGAAUAAAUCACAAGACCAGAACGUUUGCUCGACUUUUUCACAGUCAAAAUGCAUCUGUUAGCCCUCCUGGGUUUUCUUGCGACCGAGAUGACAGUUUUCUCUACCCUUUCAUAUACUUCAGCUAGUCAAUUUUCUAUUCUUUCAAAUACUGUAUACCUGGAGCCUGAAAAAGGUACCCUUUCAGGCGGAGCCUCCCCGUGUAGGCUGUUUUAGGGAGUAGCCCUCGGGUAAUCUGUUCAGUACGAUAUACUGGACUAGUAUUAUUUUACGUUUUCUUUUGCAGUAAAACGAUAAUGAUAUCUUAUAUCUUAUAAUUAUGUUUUUUGUACUUUUUAACAGAGUGAUGUGAUGGUUAUAUCACUGUUCAGCACCCCAGAGCAUGGGAUUCUCUUACAAGAUUAUUUUCCAAUAGACCCGGCAUAUUUCAGUAAGUUCUGUGAUACUUGCGUCUUUUGCAAAAACACUAUCUCCUUAUUACAAAUUUUAGCAUUUUCACAUGAGAAGAUGACAGUCUGGCGGAGUUAAUCGACUCUUGUUGGCUCGAACUCUUCAAGAUGCCCUUAGAGGGUAUUUCUUUGCUUGACAUUUUUGUAUAUUUCAAUGUUAAUAUUUACUGUUAAACUCAUCACAAAUAGAUGAGCUUGGGAACUGGUGCCUAAAAGGUUAGCGGGGUGCCAGAUGCCAAGCUGCAGGGGAGGUAUCCAUGGCAACCCUGGAACGCGGGAACCACCCAAAAAAGCGCCCGCUAACCGGCACCGUCACACUGAAACAAUCAGUGGAAAUAACUUACCUAAAAAUACUUACCCUGAUGACCCAACGCAAAAGAGGGAGGGAGGAGAGGGUGCAUGAAUCCGCAAUGAUUCGCAAUAGCAAAGCGUUUGAUCCGCAAAGAUCAGCUGAUAACACUGCACGUGUAAAGCAAUGAACCUUGAAACCCUGGGAAACCUCUAGAGGCCACCCCAAAGGUCACGUACUUCAGAUGAGGGAGACCGCUGGCUGCAUUUGCUCACAUUUUAACUUUGCCUAAAUGAUAUUUAGCCACAUUAAUAAAUGUUUGUUGUAACUUCUAGGUUUGCUUGGCGUUCAGGUUCCUUACUUUUUAUUGGUUAAAAAGGUUAGUGUGACUACUAAAGUAAUUUAUUUUCAUGUCAAUGGUCUUCCAAAACACUUUUUGUUCUUCUUAUCCUGAUUUAGUCUUUAUUUUCCAUGUAUACCUUGCCCUUACUUUCUCAUUCGUAUAUCUGUAAUUUUUCCGUCUUUGUCAUGUUAUACGCCUAAGUGAACGCUUUUACAGCGUAUUCCUUUUUAAUGAAAUCGUAUUUCUUGAAAUCCAAAGAGCGGUGAGUUAGAAGGCGCCCCUCCCCCUGACCCACCGUCAUACGGAGCUACCAAGAUACCCCUCCCUGAUAAACAUCACAUGGUCACGAAACACACUAUGAGGGACUUCAUUGGAUUAGAGAAUGCUGAUCUGGAGGCUAGAAAGGCCAUGAUGAACUUCAGCUACCUCUCAGCUAUCGGCAACAUGGAUGAAGCAUUCAAAGCGAUCAAGUUAAUAAAAAGGUUGGUAAAUCUGAAAAGUGGCUCUGCGUUCAGCUGAGUGUAUUGACUUUUUUUGGUGGGGAGGAGAGGGAAGGGGAGGCAUGGCAAAAGUGGAUCAUUUUACGUUUCUGGGAAACUGCCCACCUACCCCUCCCCUAAACCAACAUUAACACUUCUCACUUAAGGCAAAAUGCUGGCUUAGGGGAGGGGUAGGUGGACAGUUUCCUAGAAACUUAAAAUGAUCCGCAAAAGUUAUCAUCCCAGAGCCGGAAAUCCAACUUCUUGAAGUGGGACUGUGAAAACAAAUACAGUCAAACCCGGUUAAUAUGGACACUGAGGGGGCCAUAGAAAGUGUCCGUAUUAAGCGGGUUGAAUUUAGAGAAAAUAUAAGGGCUUUCUUUCCCCAGGUAAAAAGCAAACUGCCCGUAAUAAUGAGGUGUUCGUAAAGCGGGAUUGUAAAGCCUUUUUACAUGAUGUGUUAGCAUUAGAUUCCAACGGCCUAAACCCCCUUGGACACCUUAUGAAGUUUACACAUCCUGGUAUUCCUUAUCGCCUCUGUUUCGAGCAAGGAGUAUAGUGAUUAGGGUUAAGCAACAAUACUGACUAGAGUUAAGCACUGAAAAUAGUGAUUAGGGUUAAGCGCUGACUCCAAAAGGUUAGCUUCUAUUUAGAGUUAGGGUUAUUGCCUUAUAGCUUCAAAUCAAACCAUUGCCCUGGGUUCGAUUCUUACUCACGCUCUUCUGAAUUUUUUUUCCUUAAGAACUGAAGAGACUUAUACUUUCAUGAACAUUUCCUGAGCAGAAACGUCAAGACACUUAGAAAUUUCAUCUAAGUGUAUUGUACAACGCAAUAAAGAAUACUACGUUGUGUAAACUUAAUAAGGUGUCCAAGGGGUUAAGGCCGAUGGGAUCUAAUGCUGAGCCAUGUUGGUGUCCUAAAACAAUGACACGGCGGCCAUGUUGGUGUCCCUGACAAAUCCUGUGGAAAUUGAACUCUUUUCUUAACUUAUGUAAACGCUUUCUCCAAUUGCAAUCCCUGAAUUUGCAUAGCUGCUGACGAUGUGAGUAAAAAAAGCUGUAUAAUACAACGUGAAAUUACGGUUCAAGAGGUUUCAAAUUUUGCUAACUGAGCGUUUCCUUGGCAGCGAGUCCGUGUGGGAAAACAUGGCGCGGAUGUGCGUUAAGACCAAGAGACUGGACGUGGCGACUGUGUGUUUAGGGAACAUGGGAAACGCACGAGCGGCUAAAGCACUUAGGGAAGUACAGAAAGAGCCUGAACUGGACGCCAAAGUGGCUUGCUUAGCCAUUCAGCUUGGAAUGAAUGUAAGUACUCUGGGGUCAUUCUAACAUAGUCUCUUUUACCCGGUGUUGUCCCAGUGUCUUAUUAACGUGUUGCACUAUGAGAGAGACCGACCCCCUUUAAACUAAGUACCUAUUUACAGUAAUACAAGGGUAGUUUCGUUCUUCCUCCGAAGGGCGUACUCUUUAUUGGUAACAUUUUAUUCGUUGUCGAAAUGGAGACACUCAGGUAUUUUUGUGAUGACCAUUUCAAUCACUUGAUUUAAUGGGAAAAAUAAAGUUAGACAAUUACAUUACAAUAUCCUCUCUACUGCUAAGUUGUUAACUUUAAUGUAAUCUUGACAGGAAGAAGCAGAGAAGCUGUUAAAGAACUGUGGUCGGUUUGACAUGUUAAACAAGUUUUACCAAGCUUCCAAUCAGUGGACUAAGGUCAGACACUUCAACAGUAUUAGUAUUUUUUUAAAUAACUUAAGGUCCGUUUUCUGUUUUGUUCAAGUUCGGUUUCCUAGAUUAGUGUUAAUAAGAGCAUUAUUGGCUUAAGGCCAAAUCAGUUUACCGCAAUCUGAAGUCACAACGUUGCUAAGCGCGGAAAAAAGCGUUCGAUCAGUGUAAGAUCUGAGAAACUGGCCACCUAUCCCUAACCUUACUCAACGUUUACACUAACUUGUCACUUGGGACAAAAUGUUGGUUUAGAGGAAGGGGAGAUGGGCCAGAAUGCAGGAUCCAAGAAUCAGCCACCACCGUCACCAAGGCGGGAAAAGUGUGAUUUUGCUAAGGGCAGGAAACUCUGCAGUCGGUGUUAAAGGCGGGAAAACGGGAAACCGGUUUCAAGAGCGGGGAAACUCGUUUCCGUGAUUCUAUACCCAGUUACUUUGUUAGACUUACACAGUUUUAGACCUGUCGUAUAUAAAGACGUUUUUUUUCCUGUUCUUUGUUGCAAAUCGUCCCUUGAUUUACGAAACAACAACAACAAUAACAGAACAUUACAGAAAAUCUUAGACUUGAAAUUGCAUUGUACUUUUGUUUUUUUAAUCAGGCUGUGGAAGUGGCGGAACUUCAAGAUCGCAUACAUUUGAGAACAACUUACUAUAACUAUGCCAAACAUCUGGAGUCAACGGGAAACAUAUCAGCUGCCAUCGUUAAGUGAGUAGGAAAAAGCAAAAUAAAAAAAUAGACACCGCUUAUAGGGAGACAGGGAAUCUUAGAGGGUGUUCGAUGUAGUGAAUAGUACAUUUGGUUUUUUUACCGCACUGGAUCAUUUUUCUCGUAAAGCAGCUUCGAAACUUUCUUGCAACGCAAGUUGGCAAAAAAAGUUGACGGUUUGUAACACCUGAAAUUAACAUGUCUCAUUGUAAUUUUGGUGCAGCAAACCUUGUUUGAGGUAAACGUCGUCUGACCAACAAUCCCAAGGCCGACGGUGCGCUUAUUUUAUCCCUUCCCUAUAUCUUUCUCUCUCUUUAUCCGGGUAUUUAUGGCUUAGUCGAAGCAAGGAUUUGAGGUUACACCUGGGAACCUCUCGCACUGAAGGCCGCGCACGACCUUUUACAUAUUGUAAUGCGGCAAUUUGUUGGCUUUUAGUUUUGAAAAGGCAGAUACUCACCGUUUUGAAGUGCCCAGGAUGCUAUUGGAGGAACCUCAACAACUGGAAGCCUACAUACUCAAAACAAAAGACAAGUGAGUGGAAUUCAAAAUGGCUCUAGGUCUUUAAUGUAGGGAUGAUUUCAUUGCCGAUAAGCUUUACCCCACUCGCUCAUUUUCUGCGUAUAAAGUAUAUUUGAUAGUCUGGGCCCAGUUGUUCGAAAGCCGAUUAGCGCUUAACCCGGGUUUCUUUUUCUUGUGUUCAAAAGCAUUUUCUCGGAUAAUUUUCUCUGCUGUUUUUAGAGCUUCCAAUCAUCAACUUGUAGACAAAAAGAACUGAAACUGAAAUGCUUUUUAAGCUUUCAAAUCUGAAUUCAAAUCUCGCACUAACCCUGGGUUAUCUUAACCCAGCUUUGAACAACUCGGCCCUGGAGAAAGAAGUUAGUUUGUUAAGGAGCCUAGGGAGUAGAAAGGAGAAAGCAUCAGCAUCACCACCACCACCACCACCAACACCACCAUCAUCAUCAUCAUCAUCAUCAUCAUCAUCAUCAUUUUCCGUUCAUUAUAGCCAGUAUUUCUGAGUGCGCUUGUUUGCUUGGUUGGACGAAGGAGUAAGCCAUUAUUCUGGCGGGCGGAAAGGGAGGCGAAUAUUCAAGAAAUACGUUAAAAGCCUUGAAACUCGAAAAUUCCGGCUCUUGUUCCCAAAUCGGAAAGUCCCUGUUAUUGAAGAAGUGGACAAUUUACCGGCUAGAAUCUACUUCCCUUUUGAACACCAGUUGUUCAUCUAUCCUCUCCUCUAAAAGCCUUUUGAGGGUGUCUUGUUCAGUGUUCGGUUGGUGUUAUUGAGGAGACCGUCCGUAACAAGAAAUACGCUAGUCAAUGAUAACCAUGCACUGAGUCAUACAGAAACUAGAAAGAAAUGUGCUGCAACAACAUUUGCUUGCUUUUUUAUCAGGGAGUUACGUAAAUGGUGGGCGCAGUACAUGGAAAGCACGAGUGAAAUGGAAACAGCGCUGCAGUUUUAUGAAGCGGCGCGUGAUAACCUAUCACUGGUCCGAGUUUACUGUUACUGUGGCAACUUGGAAAAGGUAAGCUUUUAUCAACUUUGUGCAGUCUCCCACGUCUUAUGUCUUCUUAAUUCACUCCGAAGAUAAGUGACGGUCAAAAUAUUUUAGGUUAGUGUGACUGGAGCUCGAGUUUUUUCAGCCUGCAGACGCGGGGUAACUCGCGCGCGCGUAUCUUUGUUUUCUAGCUUCGACUUCACGGGAGAAAAGGUUUCUUGCCAGUAAAUUAUCUCGCCCCUUGGUUGGGAGCUUAUCAUUUUCUCAUUUGUAACGUCAAUUUCAGGCGGCAGAAAUCUGCAACGACACUGGCGACAGAGCAGCUUCAUAUCAUCUUGCACGUCAAUUUGAAAACCAGGUUAGUGUAAAGUGCUUGUUAACACGUUGUUACUUUUUACCGUGUCCACUUUUUUUGAGCGAGUCCUACAAAAAACAUAGGGUGAGUUCCUUUGAUAUGAUCCGGAUCAUCCCAAAGGAAUGCACCCAUAGUGUAGCACUUUUUUUAGAACCGUACAAUUUCUUGAUGAUUUUCUUGAGUACGAGGUUAUUUAUAAGACGAAUUAUUUCCUUUUACUAGAGAUUGAACACUGAGUGUAAUGCUUUUUCCACGUAAGGAUACAGUAAUUUUGUUAAUAAUUCUUUUUGAUUUUUUUAGGAGAAAAUAAAAGAAGCCAUUCACUUCUAUACUCGAGCCCAGUGUUACAGUAACGCCAUACGACUCGCAAAGGUAUGUUACCCUUACCAGAGAAUUUGGCUUUCACUUUUUGCGGAAAUGUGCGAAGGAUUAGUCUGCUAGAAGCUUUCCAUAACGGUUUUCUUAACACUGAAGAAGUCUGUUUCUAAAAAAAGAGUUUUGACACUGAUAUUUCCAUGAAAUAUCAUCCCAUCAACUAAACUUGGAAAUUACGCUUGUAAAUGUUUCCGAAACGCUGUUGUUUUCAACCUUUUUAAAACCCUCUUUAAAUGAUUUUAAGAAACACUUUAGCGCAGUAUUCGACUUUAGGCCUAGAAAAACACAAUUUAAAGAAGCUAAACAUAUUUUACCCGUUCGAUUUUGUAGGAACAUGGACUUGACAAUGAACUUAUGAAUCUUGCUCUUCUUAGUUCACCACAAGACAUGCUGGAUGUUGCCAGGUUAGACUGUAACAAUAGUACAUUUGAUGGCAGAAUCUCUUUCCUGUUCCUACCCUUCACCUCGAAAUUCUUCAUUUCUAUCACUGAACUCGUCUUUCCUUCUUCUAAAUAUUCUGUAUCUAAGUGGGAAUUUGUUAAACGAAAGCAGUUCUUCUUUACCGAUAGUCUUAUUUCAACUGUUACUCUUCCUGUUGUUUUAUUUUGGGGAUUUUGUUUAAACGACUAAGAAUAUACUGGAUAUGUUUAAUACAUCCUUGGCCCAAAAGACAAAUGAAAUAAGAAAAAAGUGAGGAAAAAAAACUAACUUAGCAGAGCGAGGUUUUGAUCCUCGGACCUCUGGGUUAUGGGCCCAGCACGCUUCCACUGCGCCACUCUGCUAUCUGUUAAAGAAGGAGCGAAAUUAUUGCUAAUUAAAGCUUUGUUAUGAUGAAAGAAGGUUACUUAUUGCAUCAUCUUUGUGUGCGUACCAUGUAUGCAUAAUUAUGCGUUUGCUUUGUUAUUAUGCAAAUAAUUAAAACAAACCGAGGUCCAUUUGGUUUCGUUUAACUUUAUCUGGUUUUGAAGGAAGAUCUUAUUGCUUUGAUGAUAGUGUUUGGCAGAAUUACCUCUUAAACUCCAUAAAUUUAUCGGUAUAAUCGCUGUUCAUGUAAUGUUUUUUUUUUCAAGAGGAUUAGUUUGAGAGUACUACGUGCAUAAGUAAUGUUGUGACAAGUAUUUGAUUUCGCUCGAGCUUCUAUUUUAAAGUACCGCUUAAAAAUGGCACACAAAAGAUAGUUGAGUUUCCAUUCUUUUAUUUAUAAAGGAGUUUGCUUGCAAUCAUAGCUAUUCAUUUCUUACGCGGUUGGAGUUUCCUUGCCUUCUAUUUUUAGUUUUAUUUCCUCUUUUUUGACUACAGUCGCCAAUAUAUGUUUUCGCUUGGAAUGGUAAACCACAGCGACUGUAAACCUCGGCAAUCCGUCCUUAAGAGAGAAUUUCUCAAUAAAAACAACGAUGAUGCUCGUCAGACAAUUUUAAAAAUACACCCGUUAAAGAUACCAGAAUCUAGUUUUGCCAGGUGGCAAAGAGAUGCCAAUUCCGUAACAACAAGGAGAAGUAUCCAACUGAGUGAAAAAUAGUUUCCUUCAUAUUUCGGCUGAGUACUUAAAAAGUCCUUAAAGGGCACUGUUGCGACACAAAUCCUGCUUUACCCGUGCCGAGAAGAUCGAACGUCUUAUUGGAAUUUUUAUGGGAUUCGGUUCCCAGAUAAGACUGAUUAUUCUUUAGUUACGCAUCCGCUGCAAUCUAAAGCUGCUGCAGUACGUGAAACUCGUAAGGCGUUUCAUGGAGUAUCUGUGUAGUGAACGAUAUGCAAACAAAAGCCGCUUAGUGCAUAGCGAUAUUCUUCCAGCGACUGCUGCGACUGCUGCUCAAUGUUGACACCGAUUUCUGCCGAUUUCUUGCUGCCGCCUGACAUAUGCGGUCAUCUGUAUGACCAUCUGGGUUAAGCUGUUUAAAACCUAACGUCGGAAGUAACUGCUAACUUGGGUUGGCUGGACUGAACGUCAGACGUUUGCGUUUGUGUUAAAGGAGCUGUGUCACGAAAUUCAGCCAAGUUAGGAAAUUACAAAAAGAAAUAUUGAAAUAUUAAAUUAAGAGAAACAUAAAAAUAACCGCUUAAAACUUUAAAGGAAGGUUAAAAUAACAUAACAGAAACAACAUCAGAAACAACAGAUGCCACGGAUGGGCAAAACUGAAGAAGAUUGAAACGGAUUGAAAUUAGUGUUUUCGAAAAUUGUUCAGCCUAACAGUUUUUCAAAGUUGAUCCCUGCUGCUUGCAACUUCAAAAAUAAUGUUCAGGAGACAUGUAUGUUUGUCUCGGAUCUCUGAUUUUGUCAUUUACUUGUAAUUUCUUUGCUUACUUUAAGUUCCAUAGCGAUUGAUGGCGAGUAAUUGGCAGAAUGAAACAAAAUGAACUGGACUGCCGUGACACAGCCCCUUUAAUGCAAUGGGCCAUUUCCGAGUUCGCCCGGGCCUCUGUAACAAAACGAGGUUAAGUGCUCAGCCUUUGAUAAGGAAAUGAUUUUUCAUUCUCAUGCAAAUAAAAACUCAUUUUCACAGGAAAGGUUGUGUGAGCACUUGGCCUCAUUUUGAAAGUGAGGGUUUUUGGAACUCGGAAGUGGCCUAUUGGCGUGGGCAGGCUCCCGAGGGAGGGUGGUAUGGGUCGCCGGAGCUCUCCCCUCCCCCUCCCUUUGUUUCGUUCCCCUUUCUUACCGUCUGGCGUUUUCAGUUCGCUUUUUUUUCUUCGCCCUAUACCCAACAAGGGAGCGUGUUCACAUCCUACAUCAUCUAACAACACUGGUGCCAAUAAACAGGAAAAUAUGUCUUGCACGAGGUAAAUUGAGUUAUACUCUUCUUUAAUUUACACAGGUAUUAUGAAAAUCAUCCUAAUAUGCAGGACAAGGCAGUUAUGCUUUAUCACAAGGUAUGCUUUAACUCGUAACACGGUUUGCAGUAGGGGUUUUUAAAAACCUCGUUAGCCUAACAGUUUUUCAAAGUUCAUUUUUUGUUAUUUGUAAUGUUGAUUGAAUAAUGCUUGGUGAUAUGUUUCUUUGAUACAAAACUGUGAUUUUCUCGUUUACAAGUAAUUUCUUUUUGUUAACAUAAAGUUCUUUUUAAAUGAAGAUAUGACCGUCGCAGUGCUAAUUGCAAUUGCAAAUUAAACCGAAAAAAAUUUCGGGACUUUAACGGGAUUCGAACCCAUGGCCUCUGCGUUAGCGCUGCAGUGCUCUACCGGCUGAGCUAUGAAGACUGGUUCAUACAUUGGGAGCAGGCCAAUUUGUUGAGUUCAUCAUAUAGUUCCUUUACGAAGAAAGACGGGUAAUUGACAAUAUAAACAAAAUGGAUCGGAGCAUUAUUCGUUUCUGGGAAACUGCACACCUACUCCUCCCCUAAGCCAACAUUUUGCCCUUAGUGAGAAGUAAGUGUUAAUGUUGGCGUAGGGGAGGGGUAGGUGGCCAGUUUCCCAGAAACGUCAGUAAUGAUAUUAUCCAACAAAAUGAACUAAACAGUCGUGACACAGCCCUCUUAAUUAACCAGCAAUUUAUGCUUCUUCUUCUUUUUUUCUCAGGGUGGUGACAUCACCAAAGCACUGGACCUGUGUUUUUCAACGCAGCAGUUUGCUGCCCUUCAAGUCAUAGCUGAGGAUCUUGAUGAGAACACAGACCCUCAAAUGCUGGAUAAAUGCUCAAAGUUCUUUUUGGAACACGAACAGUACGACAAAGCUGUUGAACUGCUGGUUGUUGGUAAAAAGGUGAUUAGUUAGCCCUGUUAAGGUGUACCACUCACCCAGGAGUCUACGUCCCUUGCUGUUUUGGGACGUCAGUGUCUUAUCGCUUGUCUUGACUGUUGUGAGUCGCGGCCUGAAACUGGUCACUCCUUUUUUACAAGACUGAUUGUUGUUACUAUCGUAGGUUAUAUUUCACAUGGACUGUUGUUUGUCGGUCUGUAGACUUGUACCAAGUCGACUUCUUUUUAUCAUUGACCACUCUCUCAUUGCCCAUAAUACGCCUCUCUUGCCCCCCAAAAUUUAGCAUAAGCAUUGUUUUCGCUUUCUGUUGGGAGGACUGUAAUACCCAGGAGAAAUGGGAAGCAACUGGUCAAACAAAAUUUUUGGGGUCAAACAAGGUAUGUUAUGGGCAAUAUCCUACGAAAAUGGUGAGUACAGAGCAAAUUUUUGUCGAAGCGAGGUUAAAUAAGGUCGCAAAGCGACUUAAGCUAGCGACGCAGUCAAAGGCGACAAAGCAAAUACUGCGCGACGACGAAGGGUUUCGAGAAAGUCUUGUGGAUCUCACUAAGUCUCCACGAUGUUAAGGAAAGCUAAUUUAAUCCGCUUUUUCUGUAGUGGCUUAACUGAAAACUAACCAGCUAACAUUUGUCGUGUUGUCGUUAGUUUUCGGAGGCUUUGGAUCUGUGCAUGUCUCACAACGUGAUCAUCACAGAGGAGUUAGCAGAGAAGAUGACGCUUCCUAAAGGUUCUGACCCAGAGCUACGAAACAAAUUACUGGAGAGAAUAGCAGACUGUUGUAUCCAACAGAGAUCAUAUCACCUCGCUACCAAAAAAUAUACUCAGGCAGGCAACAAAAUUAAGGUAGGUUUGUUGUUAGUUUUGCUGUAGUAGUAGAUUUCGACGAAGGACUUUUUUGAAAGUCUAAAGUUACUACAGCGAUGUUGUCGAUGAUAAUGAUUGACGUUUGAAAUUUCCGUUGGUUGUAAUUUGUGUUUUACGUGAUCUUGUGAAACUUUGUUUUCAAAGAGAAACGGGGAAAAAGCGAGAGGAAAAAAGGAACGAAAAGAAAAACAUAAAUUACAAUAGAAAGGGGUUGUGAAUGAAUUAGCGUGCGUGGCGGGCAUUCAAAAAAUAAGGGGAGGGGAAUUUAAGUUCGAGACAGCACGCGCGCGCCCGGAAUCUGCGUCUCCUUCCCCUUCCCUUUCAAACGCCUGCCACGCAGACUAUGAAUGAAUCUCUUACCCUCUUUUCUCCCCUAAAAGGCCAUGAAGUCUCUGCUAAAAUCUGGUGACACGGAAAAAAUCAUCUUCUUUGCUGGUGUAUCCAGACAAAAGGAAAUUUACGUGAUGGCGGCCAACUAUCUUCAGUCCCUCGACUGGCGUAAGGAUCCCGAAAUCAUGAAGAAUAUCAUCGCUUUCUACACGAAGGGAAGAGCGCUAGACUCACUUGCCAGCUUCUACGAUGCCUGUGCACAGGUAUGUUGGGGUCUGUGUGCUUAAGGGAAAGAAGCAGAAAAUGUUGAUAACGUUACAGUAUUUGCAUAAUAGUUCUGUAGUAAACUAUAAUCAUAAACUUGCCCUGACAGGAUGCAAGCCUGAUCCUUUAUAUGCUGCUUAUCAGCGAAGGGACGAUAAGAGAGGAGGCAUCAUACAAAAAAUAGAGGAACUGUUCUUCCUAUUGUCCAGCGUUCAAGCUUUUUUUAAGACCCUUCUUAUGUUAGCUCACAAUAGCUCGCAAUGUUUUCAGUAAUGGACUGAGUCCCGCUUGUAGUGGAAGCUCAAGGGGAAUCUUUCUGUAUUCAGUUGUGUUGAACGAUAAAGUGUUCCUCCACAUGAGACUCCUGUACAACCCAGUCUCAGUUAAAUUUUGCUUGUUUUCAGGUGGAAAUUGACGAGUAUCAAAACUAUGACAAAGCUCUUGGAGCGUUAACAGAGGCGUACAAGUGCAUGGCGAAGGCCAAGACAAAAAACCCCACCGACCAAGAGGAGAAAGUAGCUUACCUUAAACAGAGAAUAGGAUUUUUAAAGAAGUUUGUUCAAGCGAGAAGGUAAGUAGUGGAGCGAGGAGCGAGGAGACGAUUCUCUUUGCACACCUCUUAUGAUUUGCCCUUUUAAGUUGUGAUAAGGUUUGUCAGUUUCGUUAUACGUUCGUCUUUUGUAGGACAUACGAAGAGAACCCAGAAGAAGCGAUUAACCAGUGCCAUAUACUACUGGAAGAACCGGAUCUUGAAACAGCUGUGCGAGUUGGAGAUGUUUAUGGGGUCAUCAUAGAACACUACGCAAGGCAGCAAAAUUACUCCAAAGUAAGUUUUACACCGAGACUUGUAUGCGUAGGAGUUUUAAAGUGAAGUUUCAAAUCAAGUUAUUGGCUGUGGCAAUGGACCAACGCUCUUCUCUUGACGAUGUCGUAAAACCCAAUCAUUUCUCCAGCACAUUUGCGUCAUGACAUCUUUCCCAGUGCGAGUUUGUCUCACGGGCAUUAUCUUGUUGAAACUGGUAGCCUUAGGUAUGCAACUGUUAUACUCUUCUGUAGUCAGUCGCCUAGGAAGUGGCCUUUCGUUUUAAGGAAUUUGAUGUCAGCUUUGUUUGUUUUCGUAUUUUUAUUCCAUUCAUAUAUACUAGUUUUCGUACAGAGCGCAGUUAAUUGAGUCCAUAAGAUUCGAGGACGAGAACGAGAUUUAACAUAGUUUUUCGCGUAUUCACAAAAAAUCGACAACCCUGAAAGCUUAAUUGCCGGAAUUUUUUCACCAGAAAGUUUAGCACGGUUAUUUUUAUUGAAUGAGGUUUAAAAGCCCUCUCCCGCACGCAAAAUAAUAAAACGUCUAACAUUUGAUAACUUGCUUCCGUCGCUACAACAUUCUUGCUAAAACCCGUAGUCGAAUGACGACGGCUGUCACGUUUUGCCGCCAAAAUGACGCUGGUUCACGCGUGCGCACUCGUCCUCGUGGUCCUCAGUCCUCCUCGUCUUAGUAUAGAAUCUAAAGUUCUCUAAUGCUUAAGACGCGCUAACAAUAUGCCAUUCACAUCGAAAGCACAUUUUACAGUUUUUCUUACUGUAGCAAAUUUUUCCAUUCUUCAGGCGUAUUCCGUUAUGGAGGAAAUGAGACGUAGAGUACCCAACGUUAACAUGGCGUACUACGUAAACAUGAAGACAAUAGAGGCCACUCACAAGGCUGUGGGUGUGCCCUUGGGCCGGGGUAUGGGCGCCGAACGAGAGAUCCGGGGGGAGCUAGACGAGGAUGAAGGAGAGGAGGUGGAAGAAGAGGUUGAAGAAGAAAUGAUGAAUGGACAUGAUGAUUAUUAGCUACAAGUGGAUGCAGAGAACUGGAAACUAAUGAAAGUCAAACUGGCUUUGGUUAGUUUUUACUGAUUCAGUUCCAGUACCACGAUAGGCGAGAAGAGAGAGACUGGAAACUAUACAAAUCAGCAUAGCAAAUGUUAUUGAGUUAACAGGACUGGACUGCUGGGGAGAGAUAAUGACUGGAAAUUAGUAAAAAUACACUGAAGUGAUUGUUACUUAUACAGGACAAGUAAGAAGAGUAGCGAAUGACGGGAGGACUCCUGAACGAAAAAAGGUUAAAGAUUUUAAAGGACAUUUUAAAAGUAGAAUUUGAUUUGCUAACGAAUUAACAGGACCAGAACAGAGUAAAACAGCGAAAAGUAUUCUUUUAAAAACUCUAAAAAGGACAAAUCAAGAGAGCUGGGCUGAAAAUCAGAGCAAGUCACAGAAAUUCGGCUGGUGGUUACUUGGAGUACGGACAGAAUACAACAUCUUCUGCAAUAAAUGGCGAUAAGAGAACAGUAAAAAACCUUUGCUGAUCACUUUGCAACUUACCAAAUUUUGCAAAUCCUGCUGGCUUAAGCAUUGAUAAGUACCUUCCUCUUCAGGGCCAGUCGUCAUUCUAUGUUAAGAGAAAGAUUCCAUUGAAAGAAAGUUCACAAAAUAAUGUAUUGUGGUAAAAUGUGUUUCUAAUGAAUAGCUAGAUGUUUGGACGGUUAAAAAGAACUUAAUUUAUUAUGCAUAUACGUGAGAGUUACAUCCCAUUGACACUCAAGGUACGGAAAAACGGGCAAAACACUGCAAAACGAGUUGAAUAACGAUGUUGCGCGUUAUACCACACAUAUAAAACCUGCCUUGCAACAAAUCAAGUUGUUAACAGGUUUGAACAUUGGUGGCAAAACGCGAAGUUUUUCUUAACUUGCAGCAAUGUUGAAAAACAAGUUGCACGUUUUUUGUUGCCCGUUUUUCGGUACCUUGACCGACUUGGGCGCGGCACCUAUUGAUGCAUAGAAUGUAAAUCUGCGCAGACGUAGUUUGUUGUAGAACCCGUAACGCUGUAUUUCUACGUGGCGUUUGUCAUACAUGCUGGUUGGGUUACUAUGAACCGUUUAUUAAGAUGCAGGGAUUUUCAGUUUCUCAAAUUAUCUGUACCGUCUUCGUGAAUUGGGACAGAAAUAUAUCAACGAAGGUGAAAUCUGGAAAGUGUUUUUUAAGUGUACAUUCGGUGUAAAUACUGGUAUUAUAUUCACUUUCAAUGUACUUACAAAUGCUCGGUUUCUUGCAUACUGUUCUAUUUAUUCGUUAUCAACA